AUGGACUGGAAAUUCCUACAGGAUGGUGACCCCGCCGAGACGGCCGUGCUCGCCGCCUCGGUCGCCUCGUCCGUGCUGUACCUCGCGCACGUCCGCACCGCGCCGAGCCGGAUGCGCAUGGCCUACAAGGCUCUGUCGACCUUGCUGCUCGCGUGCUUCGCCGCCCAGCGCGCCACCUCCGGUCGCGCGUCGCCGGCGCUGCUUGUGCCCGCCCUGGCCCUCGGCUCGCUCGGCGACGCCUUCCUCGCGUGGCCCGGCGAGGCCAACUUCCUCUGCGGCCUUGGUAGCUUCCUGGUCGCGCACCUGUUCUACGUAGCCGUCUUCGCGGGCGGCGCGAGCGCCGGCCGCGCGCAGAUAUCGCGGGACGCCUGGCGGCAGGCGAUGGCGGGCGGCAUGGCGCUGCUGGCGCCGGGUAUGGCGGCCGUGCUGAUGCCCCGGGUGGCCGGCGCGCUGCGGGCGCCGAUCCUCGUCUACACGGCGACCAUCCUGGUCAUGGUGCUGGCGGUGCUGACGGUGCCCAAUUCGACUGUAGUGCUUGGUGGCGUGCUCUUUGCGCUGUCGGACUCGAUACUGGCGACCGAGGAGUUUGUGGUAGCGCGGGAGUCGGGCCACCGGCCAUGGAUGCAGCAUGCUGUUUGGGUACUGUAUUAUUCGGGCCAGCUUCUGAUUGCAGUAGGCUUCUAA